AUGAUGCAAGUUGAUUAUUUCAGUGGCAUAGGUGGGAUUCCUAGAGGAGGUGGAAGAUCAAAUAGUCGAGUAUCCAGUACCACUCUACCCGAAUCAUUAGUCAGUGGCCAGUCUGAUGACACUUUGAAUACAUAUGGAGCAACAUCGUUAAAACUUAGUCGUAGUCGCAUAAAUCCAUUUGAUAGAACAUUAUCCCAAGUAGAGAGUUUUGAGCACAUGAAGAGAGCUCACAAAAUUCCUGACUACCAUUUAAAGAUUGUUGUUGUAGGUGAUGGUGCAGUUGGGAAGACUUCUUUACUGAUAUCAUAUGUGGAGAAAGUGUUUAAACAUGAGAAUAUACCGACUAUAUUUGAAAAUUAUGUGACAAAUAUACAAGGGCCAAAGGGGCAGAUAAUAGAAUUGGCUUUGUGGGAUACAGCGGGACAGGAAGAGUAUAGUAGGCUACGACCCCUUUCAUAUACAGGAGCAGACGUUUUGAUGAUUUGUUAUGCUAUAGAUAGUAUCACCUCCUUAAAGAACGUAGAAGAUGUCUGGUUUCCGGAGGUAAGACAUUUCUGCCCAGGUACACCUGUGAUGUUAGUGGGAUUGAAAUCAGACUUGUAUGAAGAAGAAUCGUGUGAUAGUAAGGUUGAUCCAGCUGAGGCGGAUUCCAUAGCGAAGAAGAAUGGCGCAUUUGCUCAUAUUCAGUGUUCCGCGAAAUUGAGGGUUAAAGUGGAUAAUGUGUUCUACGCUGCCAUCAAUGAGCUACUUGCUGAGCAGUUAAUUAGUCAAAAUCAUAAUGCCCCAAUUCUCAAAAGUAUUUUUAAAUUAAAGAAGCUUAAACUUAGUGAGCCUAUUGAUAUUGAGGAGCAAUAUUAUGAUGGGGAAAAUGGUGGUGAUGAUAAUGAUGGUAGCUCUUCUGGAAAUGUUGCUGCUUUACCAAGUACUAUUGUUAAGAAAAAUAUAAGGAAAUCGAAAUGUAUCGUAAUGUAA